AUGGCCAAGCUCGCGCAGUCCUCCUUCGCUCUCGACCUCCUGCGCCGCCUCCUCUGCGCGCACACCGCCGGCAAUGCGGCAGGCGGGGGCAACGCCAACACCGUCCGUGCCGACGUCGCCGCCCUACGGCGCGGCGACGGUGCCGCGGCGCGGAAGGAGGAGGAGGAGGGGGCGACGGCCAGGAGCCCCUGCAUUGUGGCCAGGCUGAUGGGCCUCGACGCGAUGCCGACGCCGGCGCGCGACCAGCAGCAGACGCUGCGCCGGAGCCGCUCCGCGAGCUCGGCCGAGGGCUGGUCGUCGCCCACGCCGUGCUGCUUCGGCGACGCGCCGCGGCGCAGGGUGGCCAGGACCACGUCCGCGUCCUUCCGGGACAGGCCCACGUACCUGAGGCGGGAGAACGACGAGUUCCUGCUCCUCAGCUUCAGCCCGGACGACGACGGCAGCGACGACCGCGACGCGGCGGGGUGGCCCAGAAGCGACGACGACGCGGAGAGCAGGCGCGGCAAGAGGACGGUGGACGGCGACGGGGCCAAGAAACAGAGGCGGGGGCGCCGGAGGCUCCCGCGCCGGCGGCGGCGCGGCGACGAGGAGGCCGAGUCGGAGCAUGCCCGGAGCAGGAGGCCGGCCGCGGCAUGCGGCCUGGAGAACUCGAGCCCGGUGUCGGUGCUGGAGGCGGGAGACGGGCAAGAGGAGUCGUCGACGACCACGACCACUUCGUCAUCUUCAGUGGAAGAAAUGGAGCAUGCAGAGCCGUGCUCGCCGUGCUCAGAUGGAGGCGAAACCCUGCUGGCGCCGAGCCAGCAGCAGCAGAGAACAAGGAGGAAGCUACUGCAAGCCGAUUCCGACAAUUUCGGUGGCAACCCACGCCCAGCAGCGGCGAGCUCCUCCUCCUGUGUCUUGAAAUGUUCAGACAGGGAUAGGAGGGACAGGAGAGUGGUGAACAAGGCAGAGGCUACCGGCCGGGAUGCGACCGGCAUUUGGCGAAUCAUCUGCAGGAUGGUUGAGCAAGAUAUAUGCGGCAUGCAGUGGCAAACCAUGGAUAAUGGCAACAUUGCAGCGGAGAUGGCGUCAGAGAUCCUUGAUCAGCUCAUAUGGGAGCAAACAGCUGAGCUGGUGCAGCUAACUCUGGUCUGA